AUGGACCUCAUAUUCAACUACUUAGAUCCGCUUAUCAUUGACAGUAUCUACGACUCAUUCCGCAGCUCUUUGCAAUUAAGGCUAUGCUCUACCUCUCAUAGUUUAAGCUUCUGCUCCGUCAUCACAGAUUCUAAGCUAUGGUGCAGGGAGAGUAUCUACAGGCAAAGCCUAAGCAUAUUCAUUGUAACGUGGUUUGUGCACUGGCUUGAUUUAGUCGAAUCCCAGCUAAUUGAGUUGACGGAAAGGCUUUCUAGCUCGGUGUUUUUCCUUCUGCUUGGGACAGUCUGCCACUAUCUAUAUUUUGACAAGGCAUUGACAAGGCAUCCCAAAUAUCAUAAGAACCAAAUCAGACAUGAGAUCUAUGAUUCGUUGCUCUCCCUUUUCGGCUUGAAUGUCUUGACCGUUCCAAUCUUCGUCGCUCAAGUUCGCGGAUACGCAAAACUUUAUGAUUUCGGGUCUGGGAAAGUACCUUUAUGGUACGAAUUUGGGCAGUUUCUCUUCUUCGUCCUAUUCAGCGAUACUUGCAUGUAUUGGCUUCAUCGAAUCUUCCACAUCAACUUCUUGUUCAAUCUGAUGCACAAGAAGCAUCAUCGGUACAUUAUCCCCACCCCGUUCUCGGCCUAUGCCUUCGAUCCUCUAGAGGCGUACAUCAUGAGUUUGCCUAUUUAUGCCUAUAGCUUCUUAUGGCCGAUGUCUCGGGAGGCACAACUCAUUGUAUUCGUGACAACAAAUAUAUGGACGAUUUUACUGCACGACAAUCGUGAUCAAUUUCACACGGUGCAUCAUAAGAAUGUUAAAUUGAACUUCGGACAGUUUCUCACACUUUGGGACCAGUUAGGAGGCACCUACGCAGACCCGGAAAAAUAUUUCGCAGGGAGAAGAGAAGGAAAAGUCAAAACCUAA